AUGAAAGUGGGAGCGAGUAACGAUGAUUUCGUUAGUGGGUUGCCUUUAACACCCACUAAGAAAGAUUCAGUGUGGGUCAUCGUGGAUAGAUUGUCUAAGUCUGCACACUUCAUCUCAGUUAGGACAAAUUAUUCUUUGCAGAAGCUGGCGAAGCUCUAUAUUUUUGAGAUAGUGAGACUGCAUGGGGUACUAGUUUUGAUCAUCUCUGAUAGAGAUCCUCGUUUCACGUCUCGAUUUUGGAAAAAGGUGCAUGAGACUCUGGGUUCAAGGUUGGACUUCAAGGAUAAGGUUAGAUUGAUUCGGGAUCAUUUGAAAGUGGAUUCUGACAAACAGAAAUCUUAUACGGGUUUGAAGAGGCAUGAGAUCGAGUAUUCUGUGGGGCACUUCAUUUUUCUCAAGGUCUUACCAUGGAAGAAGGUACUGAAGUUUGGUCGUAAGGGCAAGUUGAGCUCUAGGUCUAUUGGACCUUACCAUAUUCUGAAGCGAGUGGGACCAGUAGCUUAUCAGUUGGAGCUACCUCCGGUAUUAGAUCGUAUCCAUGAUGUGUUCCAUGUCUCUAUAUUAAAGCGUUACUGCUCUAAUCCUACUCAUAUUGUCCCUGUUGAGGAGAUUGAGGUUAGGCCAGACUUGACCUUUGAGGAGGAGCCUAUCCAGAUUUUGGAUCGUGACGUAAAAGUUCUGAGGAGGAAGUCUAUUCCUUUGGUGAAGGUUCUAUAG